CAGUUCUUCAAUUGGUGGGCCCGAGGUAGCGAUCAUCCGGAUCCGCUGUUCCAAUCAACGGGCGACAGGGUCCAGUAGCGUUAGGCAGGGUGGGUUCGAGUUGCGCCACGAGCACGUCCACGUAUAUGGACAAAAGCCAUGUCCAAUGGGGCGACCGCAAGUCCGUCGGAUGUUUUUUGGGGCAAUGAUGGCUCGGAUGAGGUGGCUAGUUACGACCAGACCGCCCUUUGACCACGACACGCCCAAACACCCACACGCGUCCACCCUCCGCUUUAAUUCUCAUGAUCGAGAGUCCCGGCCGGUGCUCAAAGGGGAGGGUGGUCAGUUGGUCGUUUGUGGACGUGCGCCGUAAUGAUGCCAUUCAUUCCACUGCUGUUCGUCCUGGCGAGUCUGACUUUGCUUUUUUCACGACGUAAACACAAGGCCAUCGAAAGCGCAGAGCCCCGGGUGGUCGUCAAGGGUCACACAUAUUCCGAUAGUGUGGAAGAGACUGAGCUUCAGCCUAUACAGAAGAAGAAAGUUGAGAAUGUUCGAAAUGCUUGUAUCAUCGGGGCCGGACAUGUGGGUGCAUUGACAGCAGCUGUGCUUGCUUCUCAAAAUCCUCACGUCCAGUUCUGCGUGGUUGACAAUGAUGCGGGCCUCAUCGCGGCCUGGAACUCUGAUCGCCUCCCGGUGUUCGAGCCAGGGCUGGAUGAGAUGUUAUUUGAAGAGGCACCAGGGCUUGAUCUGGAGGCGUCGGCUGUUCCAGAGCAGUCUAUCGCUUCGAGUAGCCAACCUCGAAAGAGGAAAUUGGCAAACCUGACAUUUUCGACAAACAUCCACGCGGGCGUGGUCGCAGCAGAUUUGAUAUUUCUUUGUGCAGAAACAUCGUCAACCACAACGAUAGAUGAGAAGGAGCGUCUGGACCUGUCGCAAUUGGAGUCCGCCAUUCGAGCCAUUGCCCAAGUAUCAACUGGCCACAAGAUCAUUGUGCAAAAGAGUACAGCACCUUGUGGUGUCGUCCAACGGAUGAAGAAAAUUUUGCGCAAAUCCGCAUCGCCAUCCGCCUCCUUUGAUGUAUUAUCGAACCCCGACUUUCUUGUCCCGGGUACAGCCCUUCACGACCUUCUUUAUCCACCGCGAGUCAUCAUCGGUCACAUCUUCUCCGAAGACAUGUCUCCUGAAGCUUUGAAAGCACUGAAGCAGCUAUACAUUCCUUGGAUCCCCGAAGAGCGCAUCAUCACCAUGGAUGCAUGGUCUUCCGAACUCGGCAAAAUUGCCGCAAACGCAUUCCUUGCCCAGCAAAUCAGCAGUCUUCACUCAUUAAGCGCCAUCUGCGAGUCCACCAACGCCAACAUCAACCACAUCACGCAGACCCUUGGACUACCGCAACGAGUCGGCUUCGGCUUUGGCAGCUCACACCUGCAGACAGAGGUUCUCUGCCUGGUUUAUCUCGCUCGAGAACUAGGAUUGCAGCAAGUCGCAGAGUACUGGCGAGCCGUCCUCCGCAUGAAUGAUUCCCAUAAUCGACGCAUCGCUCAGCGAGUCUUGUCGCAGCUAUCUGGCGAUCUCACAGAGCAGAAGAUUGCGAUUCUGGGAUUCACCCCGAAGGAGAACAACAGCCAGUACUCCGUGGCACUGGGUCUGAUCCGGGACUUGACGAGCAACGGGGUGCAAGUGAGCAUCCAUGAUCCGUUCAUCCCCGCCGACCAGCUACAGAACACGCUGCGUGUGAGCAAUGCGUCUUUGGAGGCUGUCACUGUCGCUGAGUCAGUGGAGGCAGCAUGUACUGGAUGCAGUGCUGUUGUCCUUCACACGGACUGGGAGACAUUUGGACAUGAAAAGGUCCGAUGGCAGGGCAUUGCGAGUCAGAUGAAGAGCCCGAAGGUGUUUUUGGAUCCGUAUGGCGUCUUUGAUCAGUUCAAGAUGCAGCAGUGGGGAUUCAAGAUGUUGCAGGUGGGUGUGAGACAGGUGGAAACGCAGUGAUGACCGUGAUGAUUGUAAUUCCAUACGAUGAUGGUCUUUGUCCUCUUUGUUCAUUUUGGUUAUUUUGGCGGGUGGCGCAGGUGAGCGGUUCUAGGUGUUUCUUAUGAUCAAGCACAUCCGUGGUUUUGUUAGGCUGCAUUUGAGUGUUAUUGUGAGCCAUGUAGCGAUGUUACUGAUAU